CUCCAGCUGUGAGGAAAGGAGUCUUUAUUACACAUCACAUGUUCUGUAUUCUCUCUGAUUCACCGAGGAUGGACAAGGACAGGAGUCACAGGACUGAGAGUAUAAUAAAAAUCACUCUGGAGAUCAUCUACCUACUGACUGGGCAGGAUUACACAAUAGUGAAGAAGACAUCCAAUGAGUAUAAGACACCCAGCAGCCAUCCCCGUGUAUCAGGAGGACUGAGUAGAACCCAGAGUCCAAUCACGGUGCCUCCACCUCACUCACUGACACAUGAGAGACACAAUGACAAGAAGAUCCUGGAACUCACCAACAAGAUCAUUCAGCUGCUGACUGGAGAGGGUGAAGCACAAUUAAAUAAUAUUAAAGUCAAAGAUACAGAGGGAGAAGAAGAGACGUAUGUGACUGAUAUAAAGGCAGAAGAUAUAGAGGGAGAAGAAGAGACGUAUGUGACUGAUAUGAAGGCAGAAGAUAUAGAGGGAGAAGAAGAGACGUAUGUGACUGAUAUGAAGGCAGAAGAUAUAGAGGGAGAAGAAGAGACGUAUGUGAGGAGUGAUCAGCAGUGUAAGGAGGAGGAGAUCCCUACAGUUAUCAGCACAGCAGAUGGACACACAAGCAGGAAUAUCUCAGAAGGACAUCUAAUGUUAUCCCCGGAUUGUGAAAUAAGAGAUAAUGACAAUAUACAGGAUUAUCCUGGAGAUAAUCCCAUUACCCCAAUUGUACAUCCAGCUCUAUCAGCUGAUCCCCCUGAUCCUGGGAAAUGUUCUCCUGAUCACUCUGAUAUUGGUGCAUCUGUUACAGCUCUGAGAGUAGAUACAGUGUUUCCCUGUUCUAUAGAUGCCAAAUGUUUUACACAGAACACAAAGUUUAUUACCCAUCAUCCAGCUAAGGCAGGUGAGAGGCCAUUUCCAUGUUCUGAGUGUGAGAAAUGUUUUGCAUGGAAAUCACAACUUGUUGCACAUCAGCGUAGUCACACAGGCGAGAAGCCCUUUCCGUGUUCUGAGUGUGGGAAAUGUUUUGCACACAAAUCAGAUCUUGUUACACAUCAGAGAAGUCACACAGGUGAGAAGCCAUUUCUAUGUUCUGAGUGUGGGAAAUGUUUUGCACACAAAUCAUAUCUUGUUACACAUCAAAGAAGUCACACAGGUGAAAGGCCAUUUUCUUGCUCUGAGUGUGGGAAAUGUUGUUUAUUUGAAGCACAUCUUGUUAUACAUCAGCGAAGUCACACAGGUGAGAAGUCAUUUUCUUGCUCUGAGUGUGGGAAAUGUUUUGCACACAAAUCAGCUCUAGUUAGACACAACAGAAGUCACACAGGUGAGAAACCAUUUUCUUGUUCUGAGUGUGGGAAAUGUUUUACACAAAAAUCACAUUUUGUUACACAUCAGCAUCGUCACACAGGUGAGAAGCCAUUUUCUUGCUCUGAGUGUGGGAAAUGUUUUACAUCUAAAUCACAACUUGUUACACAUCAGCGAUGUCACACAGGUGAGAAGCCAUUUUCUUGCUCUGAUUGUGGGAAAUAUUUUACACGGAAAUCACAACUUGUUACACAUCAGAGAAGUCACACAGGUGAGAAGCCAUUUCCAUGUUCUGAAUGUGGGAAAUGUUUUGCACACAAAUCAGAUCUUGUUAAACAUCAGAGAACUCACACAUGUGAGAAUCCAUUUCCAUGUUCUGAGUGUGGGAAAUGUUUUACCCAGAAAUCAAGUCUUGUUACACAUCAGAGAAGUCACACUGGUGAGAAGCCAUUUUCCUGUUCUGAGUGUGGGAAAUGUUUUGCACGGAAAUCAGUUCUUAUUAAACAUCAGCGAAGUCACACAGGUGAGAAGCCAUUUCCAUGUUCUGAGAAAUCAGCUCUUAUUGCACACAAUAGACAUCACUCAGGUGAGGAACCAUUUUAAUCUUCUGGAGUAUACUCAUCAUUGCCAUGCGUUGUUCUUCAAGGUUUUUAUCCUAUCUUCUAUGCUUUUUUCAAUAUACAUGUCACCGCAGUGUUAAAUAAUCAGAUGUCAUGCCCUCAUCUACUGCUAUGCAGAUGACCUGUCUUUUGCUCCGGGUACUGAGAACCCAGUACCAUUCCUAAAUGGUUGUCUAGCUGAGCUCCAGGUGUGGGUGAUGCCAGUUGGCUGUGACUCAGUCCUGGUGAAACAGGUUCUUAUGAUAGAUGCUCACCAACAAAGGGCAGGGCUACAGCUCAGCUUUGCAAACCAACCAGAAUUACGCUUGGGGGUUCAGAGUUACAAAAUGCUGAUCCUGUGCGGAAUCUUGGUGUCCUGGAUGGUGGAGUGACACUUAGACAUCAGGUAUCAGCCACAAUCAGAUCCUCAUGUGAGGAACAUAGCCAGACUCCAGCACUUAUUGUCCUCAGAAGAUCUACCUACAGUCAUACAUGCACUUGUAUCAUCACGCAUAGAGUACUGCAAUGUCCUCUACCUGGGUCUCCCAGCAAAAUAAUUGCACCGUUUGUAGCUUGUACAGAAUGCAGCAGCCAGGCUGUUACCUAACCAGCCCAUCCCUGCCACAUAACACCCAUUCUCUACUCCCUUCACCGGCUGCCUGUAAGAUGGGGACUCUAUUACAUAAUCUUACUGACUCUCCCAGCCCUACAUGACCAGGGACCAUGGUACCAGAAGCAGCUUCUGCCUCCUUACUGCCCUGCUUGCUUCCAUCUGCAGAAGGACUAUUACCAGCAGUGCCAAAAAUCCCCAAGAAGUUCUGAGAUGCCAGGGAUGAGACAGGGUUGUGGUACUAGUGCUGUAGCGGGGGCUGCUGGAGGCACUGUCUUUGGGUAAUAUUGUCCCCAAGCAGUGCUAAGGUGUCAGAGGGGAGACAGGGCAGUGACAGUAUUGGAGGAGACAGGGAGGUGGCAGUAGUGGGAGAGGACAGGGCGGGUGGCAGUAGUGGGGGGAGACAGGGCAGUGGCAGUUGUGGGGCAGGUGGUGACAGUAGUGGAGAGGAGACAGGGUGGGUGGCGGUAGUGAAGGAGACAGGGUGGGUGGCAGUAUUGAGGGGAGAAAGGGCGGAUGGUCACCGUGCAGUACCAGGGGCUGCUGGAGGCAGUAAAGAGGUGUAUGGGUCCUGCACAGAAUCAGUUGAUAAUUAGACUUAAUGAUGAUUCUGCUUCCUUAUUUCUAAUUAAUCCCUUGUAUGUGUUACUGUUAUUUGCUGUGUCAGCCUUUAUGUGUGUUCUGUAUAAUAAUCCUGAAAGUAGUGCUGCUACCGAUCUCAUAUCAUUUGUACUAACUUGGAAAAGAUGAGAUAUGAGGUGCACUCUGGAAGCUUAUAGGGGUUAAUCAGAAAUGAACGCAGAUGUGACAUCACGCAGCCUCCCGGAAAAUGGUCCCGGCCCGUCCGCGUUCACCCCUCAGGGAUGCGGCCACAAUGAGUGUGUCUGUGCGGCCGCUGCGUACGUGCAUUUUGUCACCACCACCAAACUGCUCCGGGCCGCUAUUGUGGCUGGGUCUGAAUGACCCCCAUAGGGUUUUGGCUCUCCUGAUAUGAAUCUGUUUUACUUACCUGCACUACUAUAAUGUAACUUGAAUUGUUUUUGUGCUUUAAAGGAUAUUUUAUCCAUGUUGUGCAGAGUAAAGUAUUUUUUAAGUUUAAAAUAUAGAGAAAAAUCUGUGUAUUAAAGAUAUGAAAUAAAGUUGUUUAAAAACAAAA